AUGUUACGACGAUUGUUCAACAAAAUCAAGGUUAUCAACCAGCCAUGGAAGGCAACAAGAUACGUUGGGAGUGACUUGGAAGGAAAUAUGUAUUUUGAAGGGCCUCCUGUUCGUGAAGGCAUUUCUCUUCCAAGAAGAUCUAUCGAGUAUGCUGAUGGUCGUAGUAAUAUAUCUCAAUACGAACCAAAUGCUAUUCCAAUACAAUGGCAGGCUUGGCUAAGACAUACUCGUGAAACUGCUCCGACUGUUCAAGAAUUGCAAGAUGAAAUUGCUCGUCGCUUAUAUAUUCAAAAGAGAGCAUUGGAAAUUCAAGAGCAAGAGAACGCUCUGUUGGAAAAUGAGCGCAUCCAGCAAGAUCGACUGCCAUUAACAAAUUUGGAAUCCAAGGAUGCUACCACAAGCAACAUGAAUCAUACUAAAAGCCAUACUGAUGCACAGCAACGCAAUCCAUCGGAUGAUUUUGUACCUGAAAGUUGGCAGCCCAAUACAAAGUCAAUUUCCAGAUGA